CCGGGCCCGAACCGGGACCUUUCGGGACCGAACCGAACCGAACCCAGGCCGGUUCCGGGGCCGGGGGGCAGCCCCGGUACCUGCAGCCGGCCAUGGCGGGACGCGGCUCCGUGCACAGCCUGAGCAGCCUGCAGAAAACCGCCUUGCUCUUGGGCGUCCCGGCCGCGGCCACCGUGCUGUACAUCCUGUACCGGCGCUACCGGGAGAGCAGAGAGGCUCAGGUGACCUUCGUGGCCGACGAGGGGCUGGAAAUCGGGGUGAGGGUUCCCCGCACGGCGCUGAAAUCCCUGAUCGGCCGCCGAGGAGCCACCAUCAACCAGCUGAGGCAGGAGACGGGCGCUCAGAUCGACGUGGAGGAAGAGGAGGAGGAGGAGGAAGGGGGGCAGUCGCUGGUGCAGAUCUCGGGCUCGCCGGGCCAGGUGUGCCGGGCCAAGGCGGCCGUGCUGCGCAUCGUGGCCGACAGCGCGCCCGUGGCCGAGCAGCUGCGCGUGCCCCAGCGUGCCGUGGGCAGGAUCAUCGGCCGCGGCGGCGAGACGGUGCGGGCCAUCUGCCGGAGCUCGGGGGCACGCGUGGAGUGCGGUGGCCACGAGCCCGAGGCCGGGCUGGCCCCGCUGCGCGUCAUCCGCCUGCUGGGGACGCGCAAAGAGGUGGAGACGGCCAAGAAGCUGAUCCUGGAGAAGCUGUCGGAGGACAAAGCGUUCCGCCGGGAGCUGGCCCGGGCGGCGGCCGCUCGGUGCCCGCGGAAGCAACCCCUGGGCAGCCGCCGAGAGCCUCCGGAGCCGCCGCUGCCCCUUGCCGGCCACGGCAGCGCCGAGGGUUGGGAGGAGCUCUGGGAUGUGGAGUGGGCACCGGAGGUGAGGCCGGGGAGUGAGGCCGGCUUGCCAGCACCGCUGGGGAGGGAGGAGACCGGGAAUGAGGAGGUGAGCACCGGGAAUGAGGAGGUGGAGACCGGGAAUGUGGAGCUGAGCACCGGGAAUGAGGAGCUGGACACCGGGAAUGAGGAGGUGAGCACCGGGAAUGAGGAGCUGGACACCGGGAAUGAGCUGAGCACCGGGAAUGAGGAGCUGAGCACCGGGAAUGAGGAACUGGACACCGGGAAUGAAGAGCUGGACACCGGGAAUGAGGAGUCCCGGGAGCUGCCCGUGCCUAAGUUUGAGGUGCCCAGCCCGGAUUUCAGCUUCUCUGCGGACGAGCACCUGGACGUUUACGUGUCGGCCGCCGAGAGCCCCGGGCACUUCUGGAUCCAGAUCCUGGGCAGCCGCAGCCUGCAGCUCGACAAGCUCACGGCCGAGAUGGGCCACUUCUACCAGAGCAGCCCCGCCCUCCCUCCGCCGUCCGUCCAUCCCGGGGACAUCGUGGCCGCUCCGUACCUGGACGACGGCGAGUGGUACCGGGCGCGCGUGCUGGGCCCGCUGGCCAACGGCCACCUGGACCUCUACUACGUGGACUUCGGCGACAACGGCGAGGCCCCGCCGGAAGCUCUGCGAGCCCUCAGGAGCGACUUCCUGAGCCUGCCCUUCCAGGCCAUCGAGUGCAGCCUGGCCGGGAUCGUCCCCAACGGCGGCGCGUGGGACGAGGCGGCUCUGGAGCGUUUUGAGCGCCUCACGCACUGUGCCCGCUGGACGCCGCUGCUCGCCCGCAUCUCCAGUUACUCCCAGUCCGGCCUCUGCCCCCGGCCCAGUGUCCGGCUCUUCACCGAGCUCCACGGGCAGACCCUGGACGUUGGAGCAGAGUUGGUGCGUUUGGGCUACGCCGUGCCCGGGCCCCCCGAGGAGCCCCCGGAGAACCUCGGCUGUGCCUCCAUCCAGGAGCCCGGGACCCCGCAGAGCCCCGGGGACACCCCCGGGGACACCCCCGGGACCCCCGCCCCGCCUCAGCCUGCCCGAUGCCACCGCUCCGGUGCCCGGUGACGCCGCCCUCACGGUCACCUGAAGCUGCCCGUGCCCGGUGCCACCGUCACGGUAACCGGGAGCUGCUCCCGGUGCCAAGCGUCACGGGGAACCCCGAGAAGCUCCCGGUGACCGCGGUGACGCCGUGCAGGUGACCGGGAGCUGCUCCCGGUGCCACCCUUGAGGGUGAGCCGGCUGUCAGCCGCUCCCGGUGAUCCCGGUGACACGGAGCAGCUCCCGGUGCCGCCGUCGUCACCACCACCACGUGCAAUCCCCUUCUCCGGAGACCUCCGGGAGGCCGCACCGACAAAUCUCCGCUUGUGCCUCUUGUCGGGACACCACACGCCGGGCCCGAGAACCGGCGGUGCCCCUUCCGUUUACCGGGAGUUCCCGGUUCCCUGGCCUUGUUUUGUCGUUCCGUUGCACUAUUUGUGGUUCUCAGUUCAUAAAGUUCAAGGUUUCUCAGC